CGCUGGGAUGCCGCAGCUCCUGGCCAACCUCAGAGGAGGAGGAGGGUCCUGCCGGCUAAGAGUUAAUUAGCCCCGCACAGCGAAGGGGGGAGGCGCCAGUUUCCUGGGGACACUGGCUGCCACUGUACGUACUCCUACCCAGGGGAGCUCACAGAGAGUUGGAUGAAUUCUGAGUUGUUAGCUGCGGUCAGCUGGGCUCCUGGGAGCCUGUUCCUGGUGGAAAACAGGGGGCGCCUGGCAAAGGGACCAGCGGCUUGCUGAGAGAUUCAACAUGACACUUCUGGGGUCUGAGCAUUCUUUGCUGAUUAGAAGCAAGUUCAGAUCAGUUUUACAGUUACGACUUCAACAGAGAAGGACCCAGGAGCAGCUGGCUAACCAAGGCAUCAUACCACCACUGAAAAGUCCAACUGAAUUCCAUGAGCAAAGAAAAAAUUUGGAUAGUGACAAGACUGAAAAUUCCUUGAAACGGAAGGGCAGAAACCGAUCCAACCGUGCUGACUUGGUUAAUAUGCACAUACUCCAAGCCUCCACUGCAGAGAGGUCCAUUCCAAUUGCUCAGAUGAAGUUGAAAAGAGCCCGCCUUGCUGAUGAUCUCAAUGAAAAGAUCGCUCUCCGACCAGGGCCACUGGAGCUGGUGGAGAAGAACAUACUCCCUGUGGAUUCUGCUGUGAAAGAAGCCAUAAAAGGAAACCAGGUGAGUUUCUCCAAAUCAGCAGAUGCCUUUGCCUUCGAAGAGGACAGCAGCAGCGAUGGGCUUUCUCCAGAUCAGACUCGAAGUGAAGAACCCCAGAGCUCAGCAGGAUCCCCACAAGAUGCUAAAGCCACAGAGGCUCCUUUGUCAGGCCCUCUGGGGACAAUUCAGGAUCUUGCUUCUGGCUCAGAAAAUGACAAGAAUGACUCCACCUCACAGUCCAGCAAUCAGCCAGACACUGGGAAGCAGGGUCUCGGUCCCCUCAGUGCCCCUGUCCCUGUGCACGCGGCUGUAAAGUCCAAGUCCUUGGGUGACAGUAAGAAUCGGCACAAAAAGCCCAAGGACCCCAAGCCCAAGGUGAAGAAGCUUAAAUACCACCAGUACAUUCCUCCAGACCAGAAAGCAGAGAAGUCCCCGCCGCCCAUGGACUCAGCCUAUGCCCGUCUGCUCCAGCAGCAGCAGCUGUUCCUGCAACUUCAGAUCCUUAGCCAGCAGCAGCAGCAACAGCAGCAGCAGCAACACCGAUUCAACUACGCCGGGAUGCACCAAGCGCAACUCAAAGAACCAAAUGAACAGAUGGUCAGAAAUCCAAACACGUCUUCAGCACCACUGAGCAAUACCCCUCUGUCCCCUGUCAAAAACAGUUUUUCUGGACAAACCGGUGUCUCUUCUUUCAAGCCAGGCCCACUCCCGCCUAACCUGGAUGAUCUAAAGGUCUCUGAAUUAAGACAACAGCUUCGAAUACGGGGCUUGCCUGUGUCAGGCACCAAAACGGCCCUCAUGGACCGGCUUCGACCCUUCCAGGACUGUUCAGGCAGCUCUGUGCCCAACUUCGGAGAUAUAACGACCGUCACUUUUCCUGUUACACCCAACACACUGCCCAAUUACCAGUCCUCCCCUUCCACCAGUGCCUUAUCCAACGGCUUCUACCGCUUCGGCAGCACCAGCUCCAGCCCCCCAAUCUCCCCUGCCUCGUCCGACCUGUCAGUGGCCGGGUCCCUGCCCGACACCUUCAACGACGCCUCCCCGUCCUUCGGCCUGCACCCGUCCCCAGUGCAUGUCUGCACCGAGGAAAGCCUCAUGAGCAGCCUGAACGGGGGAUCGGGUCCUUCCGAGCUGGAUGGGCUGGACUCCGAGAAGGACAAGAUGCUGGUGGAGAAGCAGAAGGUGAUAAAUGAACUUACCUGGAAACUGCAGCAAGAACAAAGGCAGGUGGAAGAGCUGAGGAUGCAACUCCAGAAGCAGAAAAGCAAUAACUGUCCAGAGAAGAAGCCCCUACCUUUCUUAACUGCCCCCAUCAAGCAGGAAGAUGCGGUCUCCAGCUGUCCUUUUGCGUCCCAACAAGUAUCUGUGAAAGGACAAAACAGCUCGGAGAGUCAACCGCCGGCUUGCGAAGCUGCUCAACUCCUACCCCUUGGAAACGCUCACUGUGUGGAGUCCUCAGGUCAAACCAACGUACUUUCUUCCACAUUUCUCAGUCCCCAAUGCUCCCCUCAGCAUUCGCCACUGGGAGCUCUGAAAAGCCCACAGCACAUCAGUCUGCCCCCAUCGCCCAACAACCAUUACUUCCUACCCUCAUCUUCCGGGUCACAGGGAGAAGGGCACAGGGUCUCCUCACCCAUCAGCCAAGUGUGCACCGCACAGAACUCAGGGGCACACGACGGCCAUCCUCCAAGCUUCUCUCCCCAGCCUUCCAGCCUCCACCCUGCUUUCUCUGGAGCCCAGGCAGAUAGCAGUCAUGGUGCUGGGGGCAACCCUUGCCCUAAAAGCCCAGGUGUACAGCCAAAGAUGACUGGUUUACAUUCUUCUGAUAAGACGGGGCCAAAGUUUUCAAUCGCAUCCCCAACUUUUUCUAAGUCAAGUUCAACAGUUUCAGAGAUAACACAGCCUCCUUCCUAUGAAGAUGCAGUCAAGCAGCAAAUGACUCGGAGCCAGCAGAUGGAUGAACUCCUGGAUGUCCUCAUUGAGAGUGGAGAAAUGCCAGCUGAUGCCAGAGAGGAUCAUUCUUGUCUUCAAAAAGUCCCAAAGAUACCCGGGCCUUCCCGAAGCCCUGCCACGGUCCUCCCCAAGCCCUCGGCUGCCUUUGAACCAGCAUCUUCAGGAGGACAGCUCUCCUUUGAUCACUAUGCUGCCGACAGUGAUGAGCACCUGGAAGUCUUAUUAAAUUCCCACAGCCCCUUAGGAAAGAUGAGCGAUGUCGCCCUUCUCAAAAUCGGGAACGAGGAGCCUCCUUUUGAUGGGAUCAUGGAUGGCUUCUCCGGAAAGGCUGCAGAAGACCUCUUCAAUGCACAUGAGAUCUUGCCAGGCCCCCUCUCCCCCAUGCAGACGCAGUUCUCUCCCUCUUCUGUGGACAGCAGUGGGCUGCAGUUAAGCUUCACAGAAUCUCCGUGGGAAACCAUGGAGUGGCUGGACCUCACGCCACCAAGCUCUACACCAGGCUUCAGUUCCCUUGCCACCAGCGGCCCCAGCAUCUUCAACAUUGAUUUCCUGGAUGUCACCGAUCUCAAUUUGAAUUCUCCCAUGGACCUUCACCUACAGCAGUGGUAGAACGCCAGUGCUAAGGAAGAUCAAUAGGAAUUCCAUAGGGGAUGUCUUAUCACCCAACCAUUAAGUACUUACAUUACCCAGAAGAAGAAAAUGAGAAAGAAGCAAUGGAGGCUUCUGUGACAAUCAACAAGAAUAAGCAGGAGUCAUUUUUUUAAAAAUAUAUAUGAUGUAAUAUUUACUAACAUUCAGUAACUGUCAAUAAUUUCAGCAAUGCAUUCAGAAAUAUGCAUUCUCGAGUACAAAUGCAAAAGAAUUCUUUUUCACUGCCUUUUUGAAUACCAAUAGUUUUUCUAGCCCAUAGUUUUUCUCAGGCAUUAUUGGAGCAUAAGCUCAUACUGUGAGCUUUUGUCAUGAAUUUACUAGACAUACUAUGGAAAAAAGCAUUAAAUCUUUGGGGAGCAUGAGGAAGCCAGCCCCUAAAAGAUUAUGGAAGAUAUAUUGAUGGUGGAGGCUGCUUCCUAUAUGUCUCCAUUAUCUGUCUUUCAAAAGAGCAACCAGGUCCAACUUCAGUUAGGGAGUCCUUGAGGCAAUAGAGGGACAGAACCAAUCCAUUCCCAGGAAAGUAUAAUCAACAUAAUGUCCUUCCAUUCCAAAACUGCCCCCACUGGACUGGUUCCAAUCCUGGACCAUGUGGUCACUGAUAACAACUAACUUGCUUUGAGUCCAGAGAACUCCAUUUAGACCUUUUUUUCUUUUUCAACCAGUUACCCAGUCAUUCCCAUCAUCCAUGUGCUGAUAAGCCUUGUGUAAUAGCUGAGAACUUUGAAACAAGAAAACCAUAGAAGAAGAUUCCUCAGAUUCUCCAACAAGAACCCCUUUCAUUCCAAAAGCUAGAGACAGGCAGGUAGAAGGGUAUCUCUAGACCCAGGAGGCCAUUAUCGGGGAUAAUUUAGAUGGGACUAGAAAACAACAUUCUUCACACAUCCUAAGAAUACAUACCAUGGAUUAUUAUUACAGGCUUGUUACUCACAGAGGUCCAACCUGUUGUUGUUGUCGUUGUGUUGUUCUUGUUCUUGUUCUUAUUAUGGGAAGGGUGGGUCUACUAUCUUUCUCCCACUCCAUUUUUCUUUCAAGAUGUCCAAUCUUUUCCUACUCCUCUUUUGAAGAUCUUUCUCUUUUUUGGCCCAAUAUUGGGAGGAGAGGAUGUCUCAGCUCUAACAAGCUGCCAUACUCCUAAGAAAGCCAUUUUUUUAGAAGGUUAAAAGUCCAGGUUCUCCUGCAGAACCCAUCCUUCACAUGCACGAUUUGCUGCCAAAGGAAGUGGCAAGAAUUUCCUUAGGAAGAAACUGGUGACUUGUCCCAUCCGUCACAAAGCUCAUUCUUACUCUCAUUUGACUUACAAGCAAUCUUAGAUUUGUGUUGCUCUGGGGAAAUUGGAAAUCAUUAUAUUGUAAAGAUAAGUAUGGAUCAUAUUUACAGGAGAGGUCUGGGUUUCUGAAAGAAAGCACAAUUGCACAUUGAAAGCGAUGGAAGAAACAAAAGACCAUGGUCUAAUGAGCAUUCUUCAUUACCUCUUGUGCUUUGGAAGGGAGUUGAGAAAAAGAGGAAAAAAACAAAACAAAACUCAAUUUGCAGGACAGUCUCUCUAAGGCUCACAGUGGCUCCAGUUCACCAUUUUAUUAUGUUGCAUGCUGUAGAAAGUAGCUAUUGCUGUUUUAUUUUUUUAAUUUAAGUCACUAAGUCACUGUUUUUUUCUCUUGUAAAAAAAUGUUGUUCACUGUGCACUUAUAGAGAACAUAAUCAAAAAUGUUAUGAUGUUAAAAAGUUCUCAUUUUGAUUUCUUCUAAACCAAAGUUUUAGAAGUCAUUCCAUUGUUAACUUGUAAAAAUGUGUGAACACAGAGUGUUUUGGGUGACUGUUACUCUGAAAGCUGCCAGAUCUUAUUUGGGGUGGCGGGUACACACACACACACACACACACACACACACACACACACACACUUCUAGAUCUAUACAUAUGUGCAUGUUACAUAUGUGUGCCUAUGCACAUACAUACAUAUGCAUACAUACACAUGUGUGUGUGCAUGUUAUCUUGAAAGCAGUGUUACAGAGUUCCAUACCAGAAGCCUUUAACCCUCAAUCUGCUGUGAAUGAUACCUGGCCUUUCUCACUACGUGUUCCUGUUAAUUAGCCAGACCACACGUUGCCGCUCUGUGUAUGACUAAGGGCUCCAGCCCAGUGACUCACAGCCACUUGCUGACCAUGAACAAGCUCCUCUUACCAAUGAAUCUGGAUGUGAAAAGACAGAACAGCUUCACCUUUAGCAGCUGCUGAUGGCAAUAGUCUUUUGUAGAAGAGUACAAAAAAAGAACAUGAAACUUAACGUACAUUCCUUGAUCUGCAUUGUGCUUGAAAAGAUCUGCAUGGUAAAUUUUAUUAUUUUACUUGUAUGUCAGUUAUCAUAACCAAAAAAAAAAAAAUCGAGAGGGAAAAUUCCCUAUGAAGAUGAAGGUAUGGGAAAGAGACCUUAUUGACACAUUCCACACAUUGGUUUAUUCCUCAGAUGUUGAUGUUUUAUUUGAGUCUUGACGAAGCUUGCUGCUGGGUCCACUUUUGUAUGUUAUUUUUUCCCCCUUUCUUUACUUUUGGAAAACAAACUCACAUGGUAGCCUGACUUCAAGACCUGGUCUGAGUGUUAAUGAUGUUUUCCUUUGGGGAUUUCUAUCUGAGGGAUUAGACCUAGUUAGGAGGCCUCCACACUUGGCUAAGACUGUGCCUUUUCAUUGGAUUGUUUUUGCAUAUUCCUAAAGGCUGAAAUACAAGACUCCCAGGGGACAAAAAUUAAGAUAGCUCCUAUUUGCUACCACAAACUAACACAGUUAAGAGCAGAUCACUAGAUAACUAGUCUCAUUCACCUCCCACAGUCUCCAUAUGCCAUAUUCACCCUAUGUCUAGGAAAUUUGGGGGAAAAAACUGGAGAUACUCAGGCAGGAAGUAAUGAAGAUAGCUACUCUCAAUCGGAUAAUUCAUGUUAAUCCAUCUGUCUCUUAUUGGGGAUUUUUAUUUUCCAUUCUUGGUUGAGUCCUCUUUUAUGGUGACCAAUUGGGCAUGAUUAAAAGAUAUGCAGAGAAGUGACCACAUUUCAUAUUUCUUAAUGCUUUUAGAGCUGAAGAUGACCAUAUGUAGUUAAGACCCCUGGACUCACCACAGUGAUGCAGAAAUACAGACCUUUGCAGCCAUUCCCAAUCUGGUCGCAAUCCAGUUGAUUCAUACUCACCUAAUGGGAUCAGAAAAAAAAAAAAACAUGUAUUCCUGCAAGCAAUCUCAGUAAGC